AUGUCUUCUUCAGUCCCAUAUGACCCAUAUAUCCCUGCACAGGGCUCCGAAGCGGCCGCCCCUAAGACACAGGACAUCCAGAAUCAGAUCGACGCUACAGUCGGCAUUAUGAAAGACAACAUCAACAAAGUGGCACAACGAGGCGAACGUUUGGAGUCGAUCCAGGACAAAGCUGACAGUCUGGCUGUUAAUGCUCAAGGUUUCAGACGAGGUGCUAACAGGGUGCGUAAACAAAUGUGGUGGAAAGACAUGAAGAUGCGUAUGUGUAUCAUCCUGGGAAUCGUGAUUUUGCUGAUUGUUAUCAUCGUUCCUAUUGUUGUUCAUUUCACAUAA